AUGGCCGGGGCCGGUGGCCAGCACCACCCUCCGGGCGCCGCUGGAGGAGCAGCCGCCGCGGUCACCCCGGCCGCUGCGUCGGCGGCGCCGGGUGAGGACUCGUCCGACAGCGAAGCGGAGCAGGAAGGACCUCAGAAACUGAUUCGCAAAGUGUCCACUUCGGGGCAGCUCCGCACCAAGACGAGUAUUAAAGAGGGACAACUACUGAAGCAGACCAGUUCUUUCCAAAGGUGGAAAAAACGAUACUUCAAACUCCGAGGCCGCACGCUUUAUUACGCAAAGGACUCAAAGUCUCUCAUAUUUGAUGAAGUUGACCUCUCCGAUGCCAGUGUGGCUGAAGCAAGCACAAAAAAUGCCAACAACAGCUUCACGAUAAUCACUCCCUUUCGAAGGCUAAUGCUGUGUGCUGAGAACAGAAAGGAGAUGGAGGACUGGAUCAGCUCACUGAAGUCUGUACAGACCAGAGAAUCUUACGAGGUGGCCCAGUUCAAUGUGGAACAUUUCUCAGGGAUGCAUAACUGGUAUGCCUGCUCCCACGCCCGCCCCACCUUCUGUAACGUGUGCAGAGAGAGUCUUUCUGGAGUCACCUCCCAUGGCCUGUCCUGUGAAGUGUGUAAAUUUAAGGCUCACAAAAGAUGUGCUGUGAGGGCCAUGAACAACUGCAAGUGGACUACACUGGCCUCCAUCGGGAAGGACAUCAUAGAGGAUGAAGACGGAAUCGCUAUGCCUCACCAGUGGCUGGAAGGCAACCUGCCCGUGAGCGCCAAGUGUGCCGUGUGUGACAAGACGUGUGGCAGCGUGCUCCGUCUUCAGGAUUGGAGAUGUCUUUGGUGUAGAGCAAUGGUACACACUGCCUGCAAAGAUUCAUACCACCUUGUAUGUCCACUUGGCCAAUGUAAAGUCUCUAUCAUACCUCCAAUUGCACUAAACAGCACCGAUUCUGAUGGUUUCUGUAGAGCAACAUUUUCAUUCUGUGUUAGUCCUCUCUUGGUUUUUGUCAAUUCUAAGAGUGGGGAUAAUCAGGGAGUAAAGUUCCUUCGCCGUUUUAAACAGUUGCUAAAUCCGGCUCAGGUGUUUGAUUUAAUGAAUGGAGGUCCUCAUUUAGGUUUAAGACUAUUUCAGAAGUUUGACAAUUUCCGGAUUCUUGUAUGUGGAGGAGAUGGAAGUGUAGGUUGGGUUUUGUCAGAAAUCGAUAAGCUCAACUUGAAUAAACAGUGUCAGCUGGGAGUAUUGCCUUUGGGUACGGGAAAUGACCUUGCUCGAGUGCUUGGCUGGGGAGCUUCAUACGAUGACGACACCCAACUUCCUCAGAUACUUGAGAAGCUGGAACGGGCCAGUACCAAAAUGUUAGACAGGUGGAGUAUAAUGACGUAUGAACUCAAAUUGCCACCAAAGGCUGCUCUACUUCCAGGACCUCCAGAAACAUCGGAAGAACUUUAUAUGACAAUUUAUGAAGACUCAGUUGCAAAUCAUCUUACAAAGAUCGUCAAUUCUGGUGAACAUGCAGUGGUCUUAUCAUCUACCAAGGUACUCUGUGAAACUAUAAGGGACUUCAUAGCCAAAAUAGAGAAGGCCUAUGACAAGACCUUGGAAAACAGCGUGGUGGCCGAUACCCUGGCCAGUAAAUGUUCACUCCUGAAUGAGAAGCUUGAGGAACUGCUGCAGGCCUUGCACACAGACUUCCAGGAGGCGCCUGCUGGCCCGGAUGUGAGUUCGGUCAUCGUGGAAGAGGACGUUGUAGAAUCCUCCAGUGAAGAAUCCUUGUGUGAAAGCAAGGAGCAGCUUGCGGAUGACGUCACAAAACCUUCCUCCCAGAAAUCUGGCAAACACAGGGAGAUAAUGCUGCGGGCAAACAGUUUAAAGAAAGCAGUGAGGCAAGUCAUUGAAGAAGCUGGAAAAGUUAUAGAAGAGCAGGCGCCUCAGUCCUGUGAAGCGCUCAACCAGUCAUCUGAUUACGACAGCACGGAAACAGAUGAAUCUAAAGAAGAAUUAAGAGAUUAUGAUGCAAAAGAGUUAGCUGUUAAAUCUGCAUGUCGGUCUCCAGAUGCCCGGACAAGUCGUGGCCCUUCCCAAGCUGAUUGUGUCCCCGGCCCAGCUGUGGCAGCCAGCAAAGAAAUUCUCCCUGUGCUCAAUACCAGAAUCAUCUGCCCAGGUUUAAGGGCAGGACUGGCCGCCUCCAUUGCUGGGAGCUCUAUAAUCAACAAAAUGCUGCUAGCGAAUGUCGAUCCUUUUGGUGCGACGCCGUUUAUUGACCCGGAUUUAGAUUCACUAGAUGGAUAUUCAGAAAAAUGUGUCAUGAACAAUUACUUUGGGAUUGGAUUAGAUGCAAAAAUUUCAUUAGAAUUUAACAAUAAGAGAGAGGAACACCCUGAAAAAUGCAGGAGCCGAACUAAAAACUUGAUGUGGUACGGAGUCCUUGGCACCCGGGAGCUACUGCAGAGAUCAUACAAGAAUCUAGAACAAAGGGUUCAGCUCGAGUGUGAUGGACAGUACAUUCCGCUCCCCAGCUUGCAAGGCAUAGCGGUGUUGAACAUCCCCAGCUAUGCCGGAGGCACCAACUUCUGGGGCGGAACCAAAGAGGAUGACAUAUUUGCUGCGCCAUCAUUUGACGACAAAAUCCUGGAAGUUGUGGCGAUAUUUGAUAGCAUGCAGAUGGCAGUCUCCAGGGUGAUUAAACUGCAGCAUCAUCGAAUAGCCCAGUGCCGCACUGUAAAAAUCACUAUUUUUGGCGAUGAAGGAGUCCCAGUGCAGGUGGAUGGCGAAGCUUGGGUUCAGCCUCCGGGGAUUAUCAAAAUUGUGCACAAAAACAGAGCUCAGAUGCUAACCAGGGACAGAGCCUUUGAAAGCACUCUAAAGUCUUGGGAAGAUAAACAGAAGUGUGAUUCUGGUAAACCAGUUCUUCGAACCCAUCUGUACAUCCAGCAUGCCGUUGACUUGGCGACGGAAGAGGUGUCACAGAUGCAGCUGUGUUCCCAGGCAGCCGAGGAGCUCAUUACGAGGAUAUGUGAUGCAGCCACAAUUCAUUGUCUUUUGGAGCAAGAACUGGCCCACGCUGUGAAUGCAUGCUCACAUGCACUGAAUAAAGCCAACCCAAGGUGCCCGGAGAGUCUUACCAGAGACACCGCAACUGAAAUAGCCAUCAAUGUGAAGGCACUGUAUAAUGAAACAGAAUCUUUGCUAGUUGGCAGAGUUCCUCUGCAGCUGGAGUCUCCACACGAAGAGAGGGUGUCCAGUGCCUUACACUCUGUGGAGGUGGAGUUACAGAAACUAACUGAGAUCCCUUGGCUCUAUUAUAUUUUGCACCCAAAUGAGGAUGAGGAGCCCGCUAUGGAUUGUGCCAAAAGGAACAGUAGAAGCACGGUGUUCCGAAUAGUGCCGAAAUUUAAAAAGGAAAAGGUUCAGAAGCAGAAGGCCAGUUCACAGCCUGUUCAGAAAUGGGGCACAGAGGAAGUUGCUGCUUGGCUGGAUCUGCUCAAUUUGGGAGAGUACAAAGAAAUCUUCAUCCGCCAUGACAUCAGAGGGGCUGAACUUUUGCAUCUGGAAAGGCGAGAUCUUAAGGACCUGGGGAUACCGAAAGUGGGCCAUGUGAAGCGAAUUCUCCAGGGAAUUAAAGAGCUUGGCAGGAGCAUGCCUCAGGCUGAGGUGUAAUCAUAUUGGUGCUAUUCCUUGGAAGUGAAGUCAUUGCUACAUAAUACAGAGUUCGUGGAAGCCGCUGUCUGCUCUCAUAGUUUCCCGGUAGAUAAGUAAGCACCACUAAAGCACCUCCAUGGCUUGAUAUGUUGCUCUGGGUGACAAAUUUUGAUUUGAGAUAUUAGAAAAUAUUUUUGUGCCAAAACAUACAUUCCAUAAAGCCAUUUUCUUAUUGUGCAAAUCUGACACAUUCAAAUAUACUCACAAUAGUUAAAAAAAAAAAAAAAAGGUAGGCUGAAUCUGAGAUGAGAUGAUUGCAUCAUCCAAUAGGUGGAGUGAAAUGUUUACUUUGCUCAGAUCUGGUCUGAUAAAAUGUUCUGGCUGAGCAACCGCAUGUAACAGUAUGUGGCUGAAACUUCUUAGGUCUCAUUUUGGAGGCAUCGGCUUCUUCCUUCAAAUCAUUGCUUAGGAGACAAGAUGUAAAUUAAGUUGUGUUUGAAUGUUGGAUUGGUAUCAACUUGGUUGGAUUCCUAGCAUUCAGUGUUCAAAAGGGUAUGGCUAAAACCAUCCGAUACUAUGAUGAAUGCAAAUCUUAAUGCACGAUGUUCCUACCCGAAUUGUCUUUCCUUUUCCCGCAUGUCACAUCUAAUAUUGUAAUACUAUAAUAGCUUUAACGUCAGUUUUAAUGGAAUUUAAUUUAUUACUACCCAAGAACCUUUUAAUUGGCUAAGGGCACUGCACUUUUCUGUUCUUUCACAUGGAAGUUUGCAUAAAUGUUUCCAUACCUGAGACUUUGUGGACAUGUGUCUGUGCUGUAGCCAACAAAUGAUACACAUCAUGCAAGUCACUUGUACUUUGGCCUAUCAUAAACAGCAGGUGUGCACAUCAAGAAAAUUCUCUGGAUAGUUCCAUAAAAUCACAUGCUCCAUUGCCUAACAAAACUUAUUGCCACUUUGCAAACCAACAUUUUUACAUUGUGUUCCCAUUUUUUCCUUUGAACUUAAUAAUGAUCAGAUAUUCUGUUUGGAUUUCUAAUAUGACAGACUAUUGACAUCCAGGAAUCCUCCAAGGUUUCAACUGCAUUUUGUAUUUCAACAGCAAUUUGUAUAUUGAUUCAUCACCUAGACUCAUUCACUUGUUACAGUGACUGCUGACAUACAUUUCCCAAAUGAAGACAUUUAAUUUUUUUCUUCAGCGCUUUACAUUAUUAUUAUUAUUGUCUCACUUAAAUCUUAUAUCCAAUCUAAUAGAUAUAAUUUUCCUUUGCAUAAACCACUGUAAGUCAGUGUAGCACAUCAGAAUUCAAUACUAUAAUGACCAAAUCUCUGAAAGCCAAAGGCAAACAUAUCAAAGGUCACAAAAAUAUCCUCAGAUAGGCUUUCUUUAGCCACUAUGUACCAAAAAAUUGAUUGUAAUAUUUUAAAUGUUGUGUAUAAGAGAAUUAAACAGGGUACUGACCCACUGGUGACAAUUUUUGUAAAGUAGCCUGCUAGGUGCUCAGUAGAUAAAUAUAUACACACAUAUCUCUAUAUACACAUAUGUGUAUAUAUAC